AUGGAAAGUAAGGAUAACCAGCCUGCAAAGAAAGUACUGUCCGAUAGCCCGGGGCUAGUGGAUUUUGCUAUCGGGCUAGUGAAUUCUGUUUUUAACUUGCCCGACGGGCAAGUGAUGUUUUAUGAUAAAUUUGAAUAACAGAAGAACAAAACGUUUUUGGGGUUAGUUGAAAUGACGUCUGGGCUAGUAAAUGCUAGCUUCAGCUUGCCCGAAGGGCAAGCUGUAAAAAUGAUUUUCUUUGCACCUUGAUAACUAUUUUGUAUUUUGAUCCCUAAAGCUAAAACGACUUGUAGGAAUUUUAUAUAUUACGGUCUGCAAUGGCAGCUACGUGUAUUUGAAAUCAUGGCACACUCAACAGGUCAAUCAUGGUGCAUGCUCAAAUCCUGGUGUACAGUUGGAGCCCAGAACAAGGAUUGUAGGACUGUUUCGCAGACAGAUUCAGCCAAAAAUUUAGUUCAAUCUGUGCCACAGGCUACGAUGGUACAUGUACCAAGGACAUAAAAACACUUCAUGAAUUUUGUUAUCACCAUAAAGCAGACAUCCCUACUAAGUGGACAUUUCCUGGUCCCAAGGGAGCUCCGUUAGCGAGGUCUGUUUUUUUUCUUGCACUGCCUCGGUAAAAGAUGUUGGGGUAACAGUUUUGUAUUCUUUGAAUUAUAGAGUGAUGGGAGAAUAAAAAAUAAAAUUAUUUUAAUAAAUAAUAAAAUUCUGUUUUUUGUUGAUUUCAGGUGUAUGCAAGAUAUUUGAAGAAUACCUUAAAAGAAGCAAUCCAAGCACUCCAUCCAUCACUUAUGACAUCAGUCAACUGUUCGACUACAUUGACAGCCUGACAGACUUAACGUGUUUAGUGUACCAUUCUGAACCAUUUUGUUCAUAAAUUUUAGAUCACUUUUCAUUUAAAAUGCUCUUUAAACUCUGUAAAUCCUAAUAUCAGAAUGCAUUAAUCUUUGCACUCUUCCCUAUGCAUUUCUUUGGUUCAAAAUUAGGGGAAUCUAAUAAUCAACAGAUAGUUUUUUCCUUGGCAAUCAUUUCUCCUUUUUAAAAAUUUCUUUUAUGUCCUGAAUGUCUGAUGAGACAGUGUUAGUUUUUUUAACUCGUUAAGCCCGAAUAACCACACACAAAUUCUCCAGACUGAACUCCAUAGAGUUCCUUUAGAAUUUGACAAAAGAUCGAAACUCGUUCCCUUUGGUGAUAAUUUUAUUAAUUUCCAUAAUCUUUUGUAUUGAUGUUGUUUGAAGAAAAUAAGUUGAUGAUGGUCUUUGAAGCAUUAAAGGCAGAAAAUACAUGUAUAUCCUGGCACCCAAAGUCAAAAUUCCAGAAAAAUCCCAUAUCUGAGUUAAUUUUGUAAAUUGUCUCUGUCCCUAAGCUGGCCAUCAUUAGGGGUCUGACAUUUUUGUAGCCUCACAUGAUACUAAAGUACUCACUAAAGAGUUUCAAUUUAUCAGGGUCAUCCCCUAUUCGUUUUCCUUGCUUUUUGGACUAUUAUCAGGGUAGGGUUCAUCAUUAAGGAUGUUUUGUUUUCUUUGUUUUACGUCAACUGUGAGUAAUAAAUCAUAUUACACCAGAGUUGAGCCAUUUAUCACGACAAAAACAUUUCAUAAGUAUCAAUAGAUUUGGAUGACUUGAAAGUUUGGUUGUGUUGUUUGUUUUUUCGUUUACUCUUCAACAGGCGCUGCCAAAAAGAGCCAUAUUACGAGCCUCACAAUAAGGAAUGGAUAAAGGAGAAUAUCUACGUUAUGUUAAGAAAGCAGGCUGGAAAAUGACAACAUCAGACGUCAAGACAGAGUUUACAUUCAUGAGAGUUUUGUACACGAUUAUGGAGUUGUUUUUCAGAUAGCCUCAAAAAAAUUUUUUUUCAGAUGCAACACUUUUGUUUUCCCAUUCACUCCCACUCACUCACUUUAAUGCUGACAAACAUGUGAGAGAACUACUAAUGGAGAGGUUUGGCAUGGCCACAGGAUUUUGCCAAACAGUUUCAAAAGUGAGAAUAACAUACUGUACCAAAUAAGCGCUUAAAAUGUGAAAGUAUCGCUGAUUCAUUCGAAUGGUUAGUACCAUCAUUUGAAUGGUCACAUCCACAGACUAGAAAGUUACAACUUGAUCGCAAGUCUUCAUUAUUGAGUCUCAGAGUGAAUUGUUUAAGCUGUUUUUACAGUUGGGGAACAACGCUAAGCUUCUUAUUCUUUGUUUUCUGACAUCAUGAGCUGUUGCUGUAACCAGUGUACAGGGAAAUGCCUUCAGCAGAAAAAAAGAUGUAGUCUCAAAAUUCCAGUGUGUAGUUUUGUUCUUUGUAAAAUUUUUAUUUUAAUCUUGAUCUUUGGCUGUGUGCUAUUUCUGCCCAUAUCUGUUGUGCAGCCUCUAUUUUGUUUCAGUUUCAAUGAAUAUUGUUAUUAAAACUUUCUUGUUUAAGUUGCCCAUCUUGUUCUUUCACCAGUAAAUAGAUUAAACUAACAGUUACUAGUACAUCUAUUUUGAGGAAAAAACUGAC